UGGUGGAAGAGAUUAGAAUAAAUUUUCAUUUUGUCUUUUUUUCAAAGAGGUUACUCUGUACAAGUCUCUUCAGCAUAAAGAAAUUCAUCGUCGACUAGAGAUAUCCACAGUCUCCUGUCAAACCUUAACCAAAGAAGAAAAAUAAGAGAAAAUAGAAAAUAUUGAAUAAUAUUUUUAUUUUAACCUUAUGCUGACAAGAAAAUGUUUUCUCCCAUUAAAUUAUCAUCGCCUAAAUCAUUCCAAGGAAGAAAUUUAACAGGAACUGUACGUCUUAUACGUGAUUUAGCUGCAGAUAUUCAUGCAAAUAUACAACAAUGGAACAACCUUCAUAUUCAAGGAACUACUUUUUUAAAAGACAUAACACAAGAAAAACAUGAUACAAAUUAUUCUAAGAUUUUACAAGAUUUGUGUGAUAAGUUAGAAAAUAUUUGUGAUAACCUGGAUGGCAUAGUUAGAAACUUAGAUCAAAUUAAAAAUCAACUAAAAGCCGUAUCAAUCUUAGAGAAAACAGAUAAAUUGUUUAUAACAUGGCCGACAACAAGGUUUGGUGAGGUAGCAGAAACUAUAUAUGAAGCAUAUUAUAUGGAAGUCAAAUUAAAACGCAAAUUACUCGAAAAUGUUGCUCACAAUUGUACAGAAUCUUGGAAGAUGCUUCAUCUUGCAGCUUGGGUGUACGAGCCCUUUAUAACUGAAAAUUUAAUGAUUUUAUUAGAUUCAUUGCUUAUUGAAACUGGUCACAGAUGAGAAAAACUAAUGCAGCAUUAUAUUUUUAUUUCAAUUUUAAUAUACUUAUAUAAAGCAAGUAACGCAGCUGGAG